CUGAGUGCAAUAUUAAGAAGAUCAUAGACUGGGAGGCCAAGCUUCUUUCGCGCCCAUGGAGCCUUUGCACCGCACUCUCCAGAUCUAGAGCAGCGACAAAGCACGAGCGCGCGCGCGCGUGACAUUUAGCCCACGUUGAUCAUGCAUUCCAGAGCAUGUUGCUGUGAAGCUCUGAGCAGUAUUGCAAUGAGCGCGCGCAAUGCGCGGCGCACGCUCUCGUAAUCCACGCUAGCGACCUGCAACGACAACCACCAUGUCCGCUCGCUUCCACCGCUUCGCGGACUUUGCGCCGGACGACGUCGAGUGGUGGCAGGGCGAGGCGGGCCUGCUCGAGUCCUACGUCGGCGAGUGGCUGCCGGCGGUCGUGCGCGUGCGCCAGGGCCGCGUGCGCGUCGAGGCGCCCGUGACCGGCGCCGAGAGCGCCGUCCGCGUGCUCCGCGACUUCCGCAUCGGCGGGGCCUGCGCCGCGCGCGCGGACGGCUGGCGGCUCUUCGGCGGAGGGUUCGCCGCGGCCGUCGUCGCGGCCGACGCCGCGGCGCACCUGCGCUUCCCCGCGGCGGCGGCGCGCGACGCCUUCGUCGCCGCGGUGUCGUCCUGCGCGGCGACGGCGCGCGUCGGGUCCGGCUACCGCUUCGGCGCGGUGCUGGGCCGCGGCGCGCAGGGCGUCGUGCGCCUCGUCGCGGGCGAGGACGGCGCGCGGCGCGCGGGCAAGGCGCUGCCGUUCCGCACGUCCAAGGAGAAGCGCGUCGCCUGCCGCGAGUUCGAGCUCAUGCGCCGCGUCGGCCGCGAGUGCGCGACGGCCCACGUCGUGCGGCUCCUCGAGGCCUUCGAGUGCGACGCGGGAGGUCCCAAGUGCGUCCUCGUCCUCGAGCUCUGCAGCGGCGGCGACCUCUACAGCCGCAUCGUCGAGCGGGGCACCUACUCCGAGGCCGCCUGCGCGGGCGCCGUGCGCCAGGUCCUGGGGGGCCUCGGCGCGCUCCACGGCGCCGGCCAGGGCAGCACAAGAGAGCGAAAUUCCCAACUUCAAAGGCUCAUAUCUCGGCCAUUUUCCACUCGCGCCGGCGUCGUCCACCUCGACGUGAAGCCGGCGAACCUCCUCUACGCGUCCCUGGCCCGCGGCGCGCCGCUAAAGAUCGUCGACUUUGGGCUCGCGGCGUCCGUGGAGGACACGGGCGACGAGCCCCGGCCCUGGGUGCUCCGGGGCACGCCGGGCUACAUGGCGCCCGAGCUCGUCACCGACGGCGCCGCCACCCCCAAGUGCGACGUCUUCGCGCUCGGCGUCGUCGCGCACGCGCUCCUCACGGGGCGCGAGCCCUUCUGCCUCGACCGCAAGGCGACGGCGCGCGAGAUCUUCGCCUGCACGGCCCAGUGCCGCGUCGCGUACGACAACGAGGACUGGGUCGGCAUCUCGACGGCCGCGAAGCUCUUCGUCGCCGAGACGCUCGAGCGGAACCCGAAGCACCGGCCCGACGUCGGUGCGCUCCUGGAGCACGCCUGGCUCGCCGCGGCGCCGGCGCGCGGCGGCGCCGCGAGCCCCGGGCCGGCGCCGGACGCGGCGCCCGCGCCGCGGCGGUCGCUCGACCGCGCGCGCGCGCGGCUGUCGUGCCUCGCGGCGGACCGCGUCGGCGCGCGGCGGAGCUCGCGGGGCGGCGCGAGCGACGCCGGCGCCGGCGACCGCGACGCCGUCGAGACGCUCCUGGAAGGGGUCGACGCGGACGCGGCGUGGUUCGACGCUGUGUGCAAAUCAACCAGUGAGCUGGGACGUCGGGGCCAAACUUGA